GAUGCAUCAUGGGAAGGAAAGGAGGACACCAGAGCACGUGGAAAGAAAGGGAGAGAUGGGGGCCACAAUUGUCCCCUCACGACCCUCGGGAGACCCUAUACCACGCAUGCGCCCAGGCUUUCGUCAACUAAGCUGACCAAGUAACCGAAUAAAGGCAGCCACCAUAAUAGGACAUUGGACUCACGGGAUGCGGCGAUGAUGCACGGAUUUCUGAACGUAAAAGCGGAGGGGCGGGGCAACGUCACGGCAUCCCAGCAUUCCAAUUGUUCAUAGGUUGAUGGAGUAAACGAAAAUAUAUAAUGAAAACAUUUGCGUGCGGUUACGUGCGGUUCUCCUCGCAGCCCACCGUGUGAGACGAAUUCUAAAAAGAGGGAGGCAGUGCUGCAGCCCAGCGAGGGUAUCUUUGUCUGCUAAUCACGAGAGCUGACAGCUCCAGCGGGCGGGUCCUGCGCAGCCUAUAACCACCACCUGAAGAUCUCUGCAUCCUUCAGUUGGAGUAAAACACAUUCUCGGUGAUCAUCCAGCUACAAUCAGAAGAUGGAGGGGCAGAAAGAAAAGCAAGUCACAGGUUACCUCCUGUUCUCUCUCGGCACCGCUGUCAUCGGCUCUCUGCAGUUUGGUUACAACACAGGAGUCAUCAAUGCUCCAGAGCAGAAACUGCGAUCUUUCUUCAACGAUACCUGGGUCGAGCGUUAUGGCGAGCCCAUCACCCCCGGGGUCUGUACCAUCGUCUGGAGUGUCUCCGUCGCCAUCUUCAGUGUGGGCGGUAUGGUGGGCUCCUUCAGCGUGGGCGUCAUGGCGAACCGGUUUGGCAGGCGUCGCUCCAUGUUCCUGGUGAACAUUCUAGCGGUGAUCGGCGGCCUCCUCAUGGGCUUCUCCACCAUCUGCUCCUCCUAUGAGAUGGUAAUCGCCGGUCGCCUGGUCAUCGGCCUGUUCUGCGGGCUCUUUACCGGUCUGACUCCCAUGUACGUGGGCGAGGUGUCACCAACUCCACUACGAGGGGCCUUCGGGACUCUUCACCAGCUCGGUGUGGUAGUGGGCAUCCUCAUCGCUCAGGUCUUCGGGCUGGAGGGUCUGCUGGGCUCAGCCAAGCUGUGGCCCCUGCUGCUGUCCCUCACCGUGGUCCCUGCUGUGCUGCAGUGCAUCCUGCUGCCCUUCUGCCCUGAGAGCCCUCGCUUCCUGCUCAUCAACCUUAAACAGGAGGAGCAGGCACGCAAAGCGCUGGUGCGCCUGCGUGGCAGUGAGGAUGUGAGUAAAGACAUGCAGGAGAUGAAGGAGGAGAGCGCCAAGAUGGCCAUGGAGAAGAAGGUCACCAUCCCAGAGCUGUUCCGCUCCGCAGCGUACCGCCAGCCGCUGCUCAUCGCCAUCAUGCUGCAGCUCUCCCAGCAGCUGUCAGGGAUAAACGCUGUGUUCUACUACUCGACAGGCAUCUUUGAGUCAGCCGGUGUGAAGCAGCCCAUCUACGCCACCAUCGGAGCCGGCAUCGUCAACACCAUCUUCACUGUCGUUUCUCUCUUCCUGGUGGAGAAGGCGGGACGGAGGACUCUGCACCUCCUGGGAUUGGCUGGAAUGGCAAUUAGCGCCGUACUGAUGACCGUCUCCCUCCUGCUGAAGCACUAUACUGUGAUGAGCUACAUGGCCAUCGUGGCCGUCAUGAUGUUCGUGGCAUUUUUUGAGCUGGGCCCCGGUCCAAUCCCAUGGUUCAUUGUGGCCGAGCUGUUCUCUCAGGGGCCCCGCCCCGCCGCCAUGGCUGUGGCCGGCUGCUGCAACUGGACGGCCAACUUCCUGGUUGGAAUGAGCUUCCCCAAGCUAGUGGUAAGGGAGGGGCGGCCAAUCCAGUUUGAACUGGUUUGGCUUUGUUUUAAACUAGGGUUAUCAUGAUAUAAGUAUUGACAA